CAGCCCAACAUGCAGCAACCAUCAGCACCUGUGCAGUCAGUCAACAGCAGCAGCAACAACAACAACAACAACAACAACAACAACAACAACAACAACAACAACAACAACAACAACAACAACAACAACAACAACAACAACAACAACAACAACAACAACAACAACAACAACAACAACAACAACAACAACAACAACAACAACAACAACAACAACAACAACAACAACAACAACAACAACAACAACAACAACGUUAGAGGCAUCAACACUGGAGUGGCUCCUAUGAACCUGGACGGCUCAUCCUUUGCGCGCGGGAAAUAGCAACCCAUCUACGCACCUUAU